CGCUGUAUGUAACUCAGUUGGGUUUGGACAUUCCCUGCAGAGUUUGUUCUGCCGUUGCCAGAUUACUUAUCAACGCCUGUUAUAGUUUGUCGGUUUUCAAUCUAUACGAUUGUUAGCGAGAGUUGUUUCGGUGGAAGUCAUAACUCGCAUGACAAGCUACAGGCCGUUAUACUUGCGUUAACGUCAUUCCGUUCAUGAUACUAAAGCGUCGAAAGCCAAAGGAUAUUCACGAGUAAACAAUCGCCAUCUACCAACAUGACGAGUGAAAGCAUGGAAGACGAACAAAAGAAAAGGUCCAUGUGGAUACAACGUCACAUUCAGCGGUACAAAGCGAAGCUUGGAUUCUUUCUGGGAGCUGCCUUAAUUACAACAGUAUGCUACAUACCACCUGACUACACCAGCGUUUCAUGUGAUGAUCCAUCUAUACGAAGGCCUUAUUACCCUGACACAGUUUCUGUUCCAGUACUUCUGUCUGUUGGACUAUUUGGUCCAUUUUUUAUGAUGAUUGUCUUUGAAUGGGCUUUCCCACCAGAGGUCAAAGAGCAGGACUGUUCAUUUCGUAGGUGUCUUCAUAGGUGCUGGUCUUAUGUUGGUGACCUUUUUGUUGGAGGCCUACUUAUGUUUUUCUUUAAUGAUCUUGCCAAGAUUGCCACUAGUGAACCAAGGCCAUCAUUUCGGAGCUUGUGUGUGCCAAACAUUACUGAAGAACAGUGUCAACAGCCAUAUGUAAGAAUCUCUUGGAAGGACUGCACAAACCCCUUAAAUUUGCCACAGCGAAAGUUAGUGGAUGCAAUGAAGUCCUUCCCAUCUGGUCAUGCAUCUGUGUCAGUUUACUCAGCAAUGUUUGUGAUAGUGUACAUCCAACAGCGCAUCAGUGUGAGAAACAACUAUAGGUAUUUGGCUUCUAUCCUACAAUUAAUGUGGGCAUUGUGGGCUUUUAUUUGUUGCCAGUCAAGAAUAUGGGAUAAUAAACAUCAUUGGUGGGAUGUACUUGCUGGUGCACUUCUUGGAGCAUGUGGAUCAUAUGUAACGCUGAAUUACUUUUCCAAUUGGUUCAACAGAGAACUACCAGAAAAAGCAAUAAAGUCAAGCCAUCAAGAAUCCAAAGAUGAAGCUAGGUAGUUAAAACUGUGAUGUCUUAACCUUUCAUCCUAAAAAGUAUUUAAGUUUAAUUUAUAUUUAAAGCAAUUCAGUGUCUGCAUAAUGAAUUUUUGUUUAUGAAAUAUUUUGUAUGGAUGUGUCUUACAGGUUAUUUUAGUCACGUGCAUUUGAAGCGUUUAUGUUGAAGGAAACUUAAUCAGUAAGUUGGAAAGUUGAUGUUUCGCAUUUCUUGUUUGUUGAAAGAAGUUGGAGGGUAGAUGAGGCCUUACAUAGGCGGGAAAUUUUAUGCUUUCUUUCUGUCAGAGUGCAAGCUUUUGGAAUGUAUUUUAACUAUCUCCAAUGGCUCAAAAAGCCUUAAAUUACAAUGCAAAGUGACAUAGUCUCAAGGUGAUCUAAUUGCAAUGUCAGUUUAACUUUUAAACUUGACUCGUGUAAUUUUAAUUAAUCAUUGUUAUCGAUAAACCUUGCUAAUCUGAACUGAUUGAGGGGAGACAUUGUUCAAGACAUUGUUCAGAACUGUCAAUUGCCCAGAUUAACUGAUUUUAUAUUCAGUAGUCUAGCCUGAGCUAAUGAACAUCCAAACCAAGCUGUUAAUUAAUCGGCAUAUUCUAACCAAAGUUUGCUGUAAGGCAGGUAGCACGGGAUUGACUUUAUUAAUUUAUGUAUGCCAGCGUUGGUUAGCUUAGAAUAUAUGUAAGUGUCUCAAAGUUAUUCAUCGCAGUACUGAACAUUAUCAUGGCUAAAUUAACUGAUCGUGUUAUCUUUUGGAUAUUUAUAAUAUGCUUUUUUUAAAUAAAUCUAUAUUAGGGAAAUUUAAUACAUUAUAUUAAAGGCUUUCAAUGUUUUGAAACUUUUUAUUUUAGUCAAUGAAAAUUUGCCUUAAAGAGGCAGGAAGCUUAUUUUAUGAACCUAUUUGUAAUAGAUUUAAGAAACAAGGGGCCUAUUUAAACUAAGCUAAACUUUCAAAAAUUUUAAAUAGAAGUUUAUAUUUGUGUAAUUUGAUUCCAUAUGCUCAGUUCUUUGAACAGUGAGUUACAUAAAAUAGUCUAAAUAAUUUUCAUGUUUCAAUUUUUAAUGCAUGUAUUGAUGCUUUAUCUUGUUCAAGAACAAGUUUUUAAAAUAAAGAUGAAUGGUGAUGUACAGUUAAAGAGACAAUAGGUUUUUUUAAAUUAAAUUACCUUUUCUAACUUGCAUUCAUAUAUUACUGAAUAGUUUGUAUUAUUGAAAAGCAUAAGUUUAUAAAAUACAGACUGAAUGGUGAAGUACAGUUAGAGACAAUGGGCUUAUUUAAUUAAAUUACCAUCUCUAACUUGCAUUUAUUUAUUACUGAAUAGUUUAUUGAAAAACAUAGGUUUUUAAAAUACAGACUGAAUGGUGAUGUACAGUUAGAGACAAUAGGCUUAUUUAAUUAAAUUACCUUUUCUAACUUGCAUUCAUAUAUUGCCGAAUAGUUUGUACGUAUUAUUGAAAAGCAUAAGUUUUUAAAAUACAGACUGAAUGAUGAUGUACAGUUAAAGAGACAAUGGGCUUAUUUGAUUGAAUCACCUCAUCUAACUUUCAUUCAUUUAUUACUGAAUACGUAGUUAUUGUGCUUUUUAACAUUCAAUCUUGUCUUUAUAUAUUACUUUAUUUUAUUAGCUUUGUUAAGUGAAAAAUUUGCAAAAUUUAUUGACAUCUCAAAUAUCCCAGAAACUAAUCUCUUAAUCUAAAAUUAAUCCAGAUAUUUAAAACUAUGGAUAAAGAGGGCCUAGAUUAGCAAGGUUUUAUUGUAUUAUUUAUUGUUUUGCAUGUGUUUGAGAUGAAUUAUCCAAUUGUUUUUUGUUAUCUAUACAGGCCGCAUAGGUUUGUUUGUGUUACUUAUUGUUAUCUGUUGCAUCUAUAUUGGCUGUGUAGAAUUACCCUUUCAUUUGGAAUCCUUCUAUAUGUAAUACGUACAUAGCUUCAAGUGUAUUGAAGUAUAUAAAUGUUAAAUAUUUGUAAUUAUGGUUUCAGGACUUUGGAAUCAGUAUUUUUAUAAUAACAGUUACUGUACUGUACUAUGCAACAAAUGUCAUCCGUUAAAACAUGAAA